UUCUUGAAUUCUAUCAAUUCUGAUGUUUUAGCCAUUGAUCUUUAUGAUGAAAUCCCCACAAUUGAUUACUCUUUGUUGUUUUCCGAGAAUCAUGAUGAACGGGCUAAAUCCCUGGAACACCUUGGGAAAGCAUGCGAAGAAUUUGGUUUCUUUUAUUUGAUAAAUGGUGUCGAACAAAGUGUGGUAGAAGGAGCACUGAAGGGUAUCGAUUUCUUUGAACUAACAAAUCAGGAGGAAAGGAGCGAGUACUUAAAGAAGAAUCCUAUGGAUAGGAUAAGGUGGGGUUUAAGAUCCCAUGCCGGAGAAAAUAGAGAGUAUCUAAAGAUAGUAGCACAUCCCGAAUACCAUUGCCCUAGCAAACCGGCUAGCUUUAGAGGUGCCAUUGGGGAGUACUUCAAACGGAUGCAUGAGGUUGAACUUGGUUUAGCUAAGGCAAUCUCGAAAAUCUUGGGAUACGAAGAAACCUACAUCGAGAAGGAAUUCAAGCUAGAAGCAGGCUUUGAUGUGUCUGCUAUGAAUCUAUAUCCACCGUCUUUCCAAUCCAAAGGUUCCAUCGGUGUGCCGGAACAUACUGACCCUGGCUUUUUUGUUUCGCUUAUACAAGAUGUCAAUGGUGGCCUUCAAAUGCUCACUCAUAAAGGAAAUUGGGUCACAGUUAACAUACCUCCAAAUGCCAUUUUCAUCAAUCUUGGUGAUCAUCUUGAGAUAUUGUCCAAUGGGAAGUACAAGAGUCAUAUACAUCAAGUGAUCCUAGAAAACAAUGAAGUGAAUAGAAUUUCUAUGGCUACACUUCAUGGACCUUCAUUAGACAUAUUUGUAGCCCCAGCAUCAAGGUUCAUCGAUGAGUCUCACCCACCAACCUACCGAGGGAUGACCUACAAGGAAUCCUUGGAGUUGAAUGGUUCUGAUGAAAUUGAUGUGCAGUCAUCCCUUUCAUUGCUUCGAAUUCCAUUCUCUCUCUAAUUUCAUGAGCUCAUAUACUAUUGGCAGUUCAUCCUCUAUGUGUCGUAUAUUACUAUACACUUUUCGUGUUAAUGAAAUAAAAAUAAAUAAGGUGCCAUGAUUAUUGUUGUUGUCUAGGUAUUUGUGGGAAGGAAUUACUUUGUAUAUGCUUUUCCUAGUUAAUUUUAAUAAUUUGUUGGGUAGAAUAUCAAGGAGUUUAUAAAAGAAAUAAUUAUGUUGUCAAAUUCUACAUA